AUGGCGUCCAUCCUCGGUGGGGCGAACCUCUGCUGUCAAAUGCCGCCUCUACAAAAUAAGCACAAGGCGCUCCUGCUGGUGCUGGGCGGUGUGGUGCUCUUCUGCCUUCAGCUCUACCUGAUUAACGUUGGCGUCCGCUACGAUGCUGAACCCAUCACCGAUUGGGUGUACCUCCUCUCCGAGCAAGCACCAGAGAAUCCGCGAAGAGUGGGCGUGGCAGAGGUAGCCGCCCUGCUGGACACGCAAGGCCUCGUGCCUUCCGAGAAGCGGUUGGUGGUCGCUCUGGCCUUCCGUGACGUGGGCGUCGAGCGAUGGCCGCACGCCGCCCUCACCAUCCCCUACCUCCACCGCUACCUUCGGCUGCUGAAGCUCAACUACACGAUCGUGCUGUCGGAGCAGAAGCUGAACGACAAGCUCUUCAAUCGAGGUAUGGCGUUUAAUGUGGCGUUCGACCAGCUGAGGGACCAGUGCGACUACUUCGCCCUCUUCGACAUCGAUUCCCUCCCGACCUUUCAUCUCUCCGAGUCAGGCCAGCUGGGCUUCGUCGAUGUGCGAUAUCCUCCUGACGACACUCCUGUUCACCUGGCUGUUGGGGUGGAAAAGUUUGGCUGGCAAUUGGCGUACGAUCAUUUCAUGGGUGUGGCCACGAUGUUUUCGAGGGAAGCCUACCUGGCUGUCAAUGGCUUUGGUAACAACUACUAUGGCUGGGGCUCGGAGGACGACGACCUCUGGAGACGCACGAACCUUGUGUUUGGGCAACCUAAGCGACCUGCGCGCAACAACGGCCUUUUUGUCUCUCAACCGCACAAGAGCGCAGACCGACCGUGUGAUAGACUGAACGUCAAGCGGGUGCGUUUCUUCUUACUUCUGUGA